AUGUUGAAUUAUUCCAUUAGAGAAAAAGAGCUGAAUAACCUAGGAAGCAGAAACCAGUUGCAGGGAAUAAGAAACAAAUCAUUCACUUUUGAUGAUGACAUCCUGGUGCCAGAAGACAAUGAACCUGGCCCAUCAUCUGCUUUUGCUCUCAUAAUCAAUGGUCAUUCUUUAGUGCAUGCUCUCAAUGCCAGAAUGGAAAGACUCUUUCUGGAUGUGGCAACCAGAUCUCAGGCAGUGUAUGAUCCAUUCUUCAUCUCCUGCUUCAACUUGUUCUACACAUCCAUGCCUGUUUUGGCUCUUGCUGUUUUGGAGCAAGAUGUGAAUGAUGUCUAUUCUAUGAGGUACCCAAAGCUGUACACUCCUGGCUUGAAGGGUCUCCUCUUCAACAAAGUGGAAUUUUUCAAGAGUGUCCUCAUGGGGGUCAUAACUUCAGCAGCAUUGUUCUUUGUCACUUGGGGAACUUACCAGGAUGCCUUGAACCCUGAAGGACAAGUGACAUCAGAUUUGAUGCUGUUUGGGUCAGUUUUGGCCACAAACUUAGUCAUGGUAGUGACAUUGCAAAUAGCCUUGGAUACAGCACAUUGGACAAUCAUCAAUUUUCUUACCUUGGCUGCAUCUUUGUUGCUGUACUUCACUCUCACUUUCUCAUACUACUACAUCUUCAGCUCUCAGUAUCUUGGGUCUUUGAAGAAGGCAAUGGAGGCUGCCAAUUUCUGGUUUACUCUGAUCCUCCUAAUGGCAGUUUUGAUUUUGCCAAUUGUAGCCAAAAGAUUCUACAUGCAUGACUUGUACCCAACUUUGUCUGACAGAGUGAGACUCAAGCAGAGGCAGGCCAGCAAGACUUCUCAUCAGCAGCCGCAAAAGGAUUUCCAAAGAGUUAAUUCAGCUUUUGGAAGGUCCAGGAGAUCUUUACGUUCUGGUUACGCAUUUUCCCAUCAGGAGGGCUUUGGACGGUUGAUCACAACCGGAAAAAUGAUGCGCCCAGCUGCAAACGUCAACGGAAUGUACACCAAGUACUACAAUCGUGUUACCAGUGGAAGUGGUGCCAUCAUUGGAGCAGAUGCACCAUUGCCACCAGCAGGGCCCAGUGUCCUAAACCAGAGAUCAGCUCCUCUGGUUACCUUCGUCACACCAAAUUCCGUGUUACCAACAUAUGGAGCGUCAGGACAAACGCUAUCUUAUCUGGAAUUAGCGACACUUUUGAGACUCUGUUGGGCCCAAACAAUAAGUUCAAAAGCGAAAAUGUUUCCGACAUUGCGUCUGUGGUUUUUGAGCAUUUCAGCAGGUGUCUUUGCGGAAAAUGGAAGAUUCAAGGAUAUCAGUGAUGAUCCUUACGUUUUCUCGGUCAAAGAUCUUCCAGAAAACACAAGAUUCUUGCCAACACUGGGGAAUGGACACCUAGCAACAGUUGUCAAUACUGAUGUGAUUUACGUGAACGGCUUGUAUAAUGGUGCACGUGGUGACAGUCACAGAGCCAAAGUGGCUUCAUUGCACAGAGCUCAAGUGGAAUUGGUUGGGGCUGGGGAAUUGAUUGAUAUUACCUUUUCUCUGGACACUAGAAGAGGUGUUUUUGAAGAAGUCAGAGAAUAUUCAGAUUGCAGUUUCACACAGACACAGUUAGCUCAUCAGUUUUACUCUACAAGCUUGGUGAAUGUUCUGAAGGUAACUUCAAAAACAGAUGAAACUUUAGAUUUGGUGCUGAGGCUGGAAACGACACCACAACCUUCAGAAACUGAUGACUUGAAUUUAUUCAGCAUGACCACUUUGCCAGAUGGAACAGUGAUCUUGUGCUACAAAACCAAGGUUGUGGAAGACCCCAGGUACCAACAAGAAGGUUCAGAAAUCUGCAUAACUUCUGAUUCAACCAUCCCCACUGGCCAAGAUGUUAACAUUCAGCUGAGUCCUGAAAACAACACCUUCUUUGUAGCUCAGUAUUCUUUGUAUGGCAGCAACCUGCACCAGGAACUCGGAUUGACAAUAUCUGACAUGAAACUGAUGCAGCCUGAGGAACUGAUGGAUUCCCAUGUUGCUGCUUGGACUGAAAGAUUCAACAACUUUGUCAUUUCAGUGAAAGGGGAUUUAGAAAUGGCAAAAGUGGUCCAAGGAAGCAUUUAUUACCUCAUGUCCUCAACACCAAGUCAUAAUGAAUUCGUAGCCAGUGAGAGAUUUUUUGGCCUCAGCCCUGGAAGUCUGGCCUAUGGAGAUCGCAUGAUGGACUAUCAAGGACACAGCUUCUGGGAUACAGAGACUUGGAUGUUUCCAGCAUUCCUCCUCUUUGAUCCAUUGGCAGCCAAAGAAACCUUGAAUUACAGGGUAGCCAACUUGGCAGCAGCAAGAGACAGAGCUUUGGAAACAGGUUAUCUUUUAGCUAGAUUUCCUUGGGAGUCUGGAUUCACAGGGUCAGAGGUCACUCCUGACUGCUGUCCUGAUGUCAGGGACAAUGAACAGCACAUCACAGCAGACAUUGCCCUAGCAGCAAAGCAAUACAUUGACCUAACCCAGGACCUUGAGUGGUUGACUUCUCCACAGACCUCUACCCAAGAAACAGGUUGUGACCUUCUUCUGGAUAUCGGAAACUUCUGGCUUUCAAGAGUGCAACAGUUGGAUCAUCCGCCAGGAUCAUAUGGGAUACUUGGAGUCAUGCCCCCGGAUGAGGAUCAUUCGUUGGUGAACAAUUCUGUGUACACAAAUGUAGCUGCUGCUUCGGCACUACGUACAGCUAAAUACGCAGCUUGUUUGUGUGAUGCUGAAACAUCCGAUGGCUUCUUGGAGAGCUUGUCUGAAGUAGCUGAUAAUAUGUGGGUGCCAUUUGAUUCUGAACUUGGGUACCACCCGGAAUUCGACGGCUACGAAAUAGGGGAAGCAAUCAAGCAAGCAGAUGCUAUUUUACUGGGAUACCCUCUUGGACUGGAAAUGGACAGCGCAGUUAGAAGGAAGGACCUGGAAAUCUAUGAAGCAGCAGUGAGACCCACUGGACCAGCCAUGACAUGGUCUAUGCAUGCAGUUGGUUGGGCUGAACUAGGAGAAUGGGACAGAGCAGAAACCAUGUUUAACAAGAGCUAUCAGCUGUAUGUUAGGGAGCCUUUCAGGAUUUGGACAGAGGCUCAGGAUGGACUGGGUGCAAUCAACUUCAUUACUGGCAUGGGGGGAUUUCUCCAAGCUAUUCUUUUUGGUUAUGCUGGGAUCAGAAUCCAGACUGACAGGUUGUAUUUCAAUCCCCAUCUUCCGCCAGGGGUUACGGAACUUGAAUUACGCGGAGUGGCUUACAGAGGAAGUAGAUCGUCAAUCACCAUUGGCUCAAAUGGCAUAAUUUUCCAAGCAAAAGAGCUGUCUGAAUCUAAAACACUCUUUCUUCAGCAAUCAGACAUGGUAUUCAUCGUGGACGACUUUAACCUGAGAGUUGGACCUCUGGGACCCCAGCAACCCCCAGCGCCAGGUAGACCACAAGGACAAUUACCUAACAACAACAUGGUUCCUUCAGCACAACAGCACCAGCAGCCUGGAAUUGUGAACCCAGGUGGCUAUUCUGGAAAGAUGGUAUUACCUGGCACUCCUCCAGGCCAUUCCCAGCAAUUCCAGGUGCUGCUCAAUCCCCAGGAAGAAAUCCCGGUGAUGAAACCAGCGCAGCGUCAGCCGGAAGUCCCCAAGAAGCACCUCCGAAAGUCUUUUUUGCCGGAAUCGGACUUGUAA